AUGGCGAAGGACCAAGCGUCGCACCUGAGUUUGCGCCGCAGAUGCUAUCUGCUUCUCUUGCUGUCGUUUUUCUCCUCGUUCCUGUUCGUCUGUUGGUCUUACUUCUCCAACGGCUGCCACACCGAUGUCCAGAUUGUAGUCGAGGCAGAUAAGAGGGAGUCGAACCUUCUUGCCUUUCAAGCUGCAUGGAAUUCGCUUCAAUUACCUUCCGGGGCACCUUCAAGAUUGCUCAAGCUAGCUGUUUUCGUCAAGAAAUGGCCUGACAAGCACCAUGCUGGAGGGCUGGAGCGCCACGCCAUGACUCUGCACCGGGAUCUUGCCAGAAGGGGCCACGAGCUCCACGUGUUCACCUCUGCCUCAACUAAUGUGACCUCAAUGAAGAAUUUACAUUUCCACCUCUCAAAGCCAACGGCUGCUGGUUAUCUAGACCAAGCCACAAUUUGGAAGCAGUUUCAGGUGGAGAAUUCUACUGGAAGACCUUUUGAUGUGGUUCACACAGAGAGUGUAGGGCUGAUGCAUUUUAGAGCAAGAAACCUCAACAACAUAGCUGUUAGUUGGCAUGGCAUUGCAUAUGAAUCCAUACAUUCUGACAUCAUUCAGGAACUGCUGCGGGCUCCUCAAGACAACCAGUCGUCUAUUUUGGCAGAAAGGGUAACCAAGGUUAUCGAAGAAAUACGAUUCUUCCCACGUUACGCUCACCAUGUUGCAACUAGUGAUCAUGUGGGAGAUGUCCUGAAACGUAUCUAUAUGUUACCAGAGGAGCGCGUUCACAUUAUUUUGAACGGUGUUGAUGAGGGGAUUUUCAAGCCGGAGGCUUCUAAUCUCAAGUUGGCAUUUGGGAUUCAAGAAUCUACAUCGCUAAUUCUUGGAAUCGCGGGAAGGUUGGUGAAGGACAAGGGACAUCCCCUGAUCUUUGAAGCAUUGAAGCAAAUCUUCAACGAAAGUCUCAAGUUCAAGGAAGAUGUAGUAGUUCUGGUGGCUGGAGAUGGUCCCUGGGGUGACCGAUACAAAGAGCUUGGAUCCAACUUGCGUGUUUUAGGCCCGUUGGACCAAGCUCAACUCACAAAAUUCUACAAUGUUAUCGACAUUUUCGUAAAUCCAACACUACGUGCUCAAGGUUUGGAUCAUACCUUGUUAGAAGCCAUGCUUGUUGGGAAACCAUUGAUGGCCACGAAACUUGCCAGCAUCACAGGUUCUGUGGUCGUCAGCCAAGAAAUAGGAUACAUGUUUUCACCAACAGUAGACGCGCUGAAGAAAGCUCUGUACGAUGUGUGGAAGGAUGGAAGAGUUACUCUCCAGAAGAAAGGUCAGUUUGCCAGGGAAAGGGCCUUGAAAUUGUUUACUGCCACCAAAAUGACUGCAGCUUACGAGAGAUUAUUCUUGUGCAUUGCUGAGAACACAAAGGUUAGAAAUGGUUACUGUACUUACAGAUAUAAUUAGAAGAUCAGACUGUGACAGAAGAUCAACCUUGCUCUGGAGGUACACUAAAGACCCUCUCAUGAGUCCCGGUGAGGUAAGGGAGACAUCCGAUGGAGUUUACUCAAUUUGAUCCCAUGUCAGAGGUUAGGUCUAACAAUGUAAGUACACAUAUUUGAACUGCUAAAAGGAAUUAGAAGCACGCGUUAAUUGACAGACCUGAAUCUUGAGCAGAAGAAAGAGUCGAAGAACAUAUGAUAACACCAGGGUAUAUAUAUGAUGUCUCCAUAAGGCCAGUUUUCUGCUUCUUCUGACUUCAUCCGUUUCAUGUAAAUAAAUAGUCCUUAUUGGUGUACGAGUGAGCAUUUCUAAGUGUGUUAUCCCUUUUUCUUGAA